AUGACAAUAGCAAGCAUAGUAGAGCCUCACUGGCUGCGGUGGGACAGUCCAACGGGCUCUGGCAACAUCCACCAAUCCCUCGGCCUCCACCGAAAAUGCAACUCCUUCACCGGCACCUGCGAGCACUUCCCCCAAUACGAAGACUGCCACGGCGACGACCGGCCCUUCUGCAGCCUAUGGCGCACUGUCGGCUUCCUCAUGUCCUUCUCCGUAAUCGUCGAGCUCGCCUUACUGGUAGCCUAUGCCGUCGUAAUACUGGGCGGGAAGCAGAAGCGGGAUCAAGGCUGGAAGAUUGUGUGCUCGUUGCUGGUGGUCGCCGCGGCGGCGCAGUGCGCUAGUAUGGCUGUUGUGGCCGGCCUCCUCGACCGCGACGACCGAUUCAUCGUUGGCUGGGCCCUCGACAGGUCAUGGAUCCUGUGUACCGUCAGCUGGAGUGUUCUGGCGAUGUCCGCGGCCGGUCUCCUUGCGGCCACUAUUUAUAUGCCGGAAGAAGGCGAUUAUGAGCUUAUACCAGGUAACUAA